GGAUUUUGCUUUUUAAAAAAGGCGAUCUUGAUUCAGAUUCCAACAGCUUCGCAUUUCUUCUGUGCCAAAGGGGCCCUCAGGCCGUUCUUCUACCUUUUGGCUCUUCCCAACUUGGUGCGCCCUCCUCCCAUUCCUCCCUGACACUCCCACCACCACCCCCCUCGGCUCGGCUGCUAGACGCGGUGCUGCAGAAGACGCGUUGAACCCUUUUGGAUGUAAUGCGCAAAGGAGGUUGGCCCAGAGCUCCCGGGCUUCCCCAAGGCUGAACUCCAUCCAAGGUGCCCACAGGCUCCCUGCCCGCCUUCCCCAUGCCAGCCCGCAGCUAGGGGCAGGGGGCAGCGGCGGCUGGGGUUGGGGGUGGGUGGGGAGCUUUUGGGGAGGACAGGUCGCAGUUUGGCUAUGGAAGGCUCCAAUGGCUUUGGGAUUGACUCCAUUCUCUCCCACCGAGCGAGCAGCCCCGCCCUUCCCAAGGGGGACCCCUUGCUUGGGGACUGCCGUUCACCCUUGGAGCUGAGUCCACGCUCAGAGAGCAGCAGCGACUGCUCUUCUCCAGCUUCGCCCGGAAGAGACUGUCUGGAGACCAGUACCUCGAGGCCCAGUGCGGCAUCUGGCCCAGGUUUGGACUCUCACCUGCAGCCAGGGCAGCUUUCAGCCCCAGCCCAGUCGAGAACCGUCACCUCCUCCUUUCUGAUCAGGGACAUCCUUGCCGACUGCAAACCUCUUGCGGCGUGUGCACCCUAUUCUAGCAGCGGGCAGCCUGCAGCCCCUGAGCCUGGGGGCCGCCUUGCAGCCAAGGCCGGGGAGGACUUUCGCGACAAGCUGGACAAAAGUGUCAGCAGUGCCUCAUCGGACUCUGAGUACAAAGUGAAGGAGGAGGGAGAUCGCGAGAUCUCCAGCUCUAGGGACAGUCCCCCUGUGCGCCUGAAAAAGCCACGAAAAGCUCGCACGGCCUUCACCGACCAUCAGCUGGCGCAACUGGAGCGUAGCUUCGAGCGGCAGAAAUACCUGAGUGUGCAAGACCGCAUGGAGCUAGCUGCCUCGCUCAACCUCACUGACACGCAGGUCAAGACCUGGUACCAGAACCGCAGGACUAAAUGGAAGCGACAGACAGCCGUGGGGCUGGAGCUGCUGGCGGAGGCAGGCAAUUACUCGGCGCUCCAGAGAAUGUUCCCGUCGCCUUAUUUCUACCCACAGAGUCUCGUUUCCAACCUGGACCCGGGCGCAGCGCUCUAUCUGUACCGCGGUCCCAGCGCACCGCCGCCUGCCCUGCAGAGACCUCUGGUGCCCCGAAUCCUCAUCCACGGACUCCAGGGCGCCAACGAGCCUCCACCGCCGCUGCCCCCGCUGCCCGGCGUCCUCCCGCGCGCCGCGCAGCCUCGGUGAGGCGCCCUCACGCCCCCAGCCGUGCUCCGGGACCCCCAGCUCAGGCUGGGCGCGGAUCCCUCCCGUCGCCCCGGGGCAGGGCUGCCCGGCUCUCCGCAGCGCCGCAGCCCAGUGUUCCCGAGGGGGAUAAAUCCACUGAGGCUUCCCCUCCGCUGCGACCUCUCUCCCGGCUGCUCCACCCCAGAGCCACUUCCACCUGCCGGAUGUACAUACGCGCCCCUGCCCUUCUCCCACCCAACCCCA